AUGGCUUUAAUUGCGCAGAACGACGAGGAAUCGUCGCGCGAGCGACCAGCCUCGAAAUACUCGCAAUACGUGGGAGUGCUGGUGGCGACGCUCGCCGCCUUUUCGAUUGGCACGUAUUUGUCAUGGACGUCGUCCGCCUUGCCGCUCUACAACAAGAACGGCACGCUGCCUGUCAGCGACCAGGAAGGCUCUUGGAUUUCCUCUUUGGUCCCGCUCGGUGCUAUAACGCUCACCAUACCAGCAGGAAUGCUGGCGGAUAAAUUCGGUCGGAAGAAAACGAUCUGGGCGACAACCGUGCCCUUAUUUCUGUGUUGGUACAUUAUCGGAUUCGCGCAGAGUAAAAUAUGGGUUUUUCUGGCUCGGUUUGUGGCUGGGGCGGCAUGCGGUGCGGCAUCCGUCGUUGUUCCCAUGUUCACUUCCGAGAUCGCCGAGCAGAGCAUCAGGGGCUUGCUUGGCACUAUUUUUCAGUUGCAAAUUACUGCUGGAAUUCUCUUCGCAUAUGCCACCGCUUUUACCGAUAGCUUGCACGUUAUUGCGGUACUGUGCUCCGUGGCACCAGCUUUGCUUUUGAUCUCUUUCCCGUUCAUACCGGAAUCACCGGCGUGGCUGGUCAUGCAAGGUCGGAAAAAUGAAGCGAAUGACGUGUUAAAACACUUUAGAGGGGCACAAUAUCACACCGAAGCGGAGUUGACCAGACUGGAGCUCCAUGCCUCAGAAAUGAGAGCAUCCAGAGCUAGCAUUAUGGACUUGAGAAAUUAUCAAAAAGCGAUUUGCAUUACACUCGGUUUAAUGGUAUUCCAGCAACUUUCCGGCGUUAACACUCUGAUAUUUUACGCAAAGAAAAUCUUUGACGGCGCGGGUUCAUCUCUAAACUCAAGCACAUCGUCGGUGAUCGUCGGUACUGUACAAGUGAUCGCUACGUAUUUCUCAACUAUCAUGAUUGAACGCACCGGAAGGAAAUUACUAUUGUUCAUUAGCGCGUCAGUAAUGUCCACUUGUAUGUUUACAUUGUCGGGCUACUUUCAUUUUCAGAAUUCGCACGACCUCUCGGAAGUCUCCUGGAUCCCUCUGCUCUCGUUCGCGAUAUUUAUCGUGAUUUUCAGUAUUGGUUUCGGUCCGAUACCGUGGAUAAUGGUUGGCGAGCUCUUCAUGAACAACGUGAAAAGCGCGGCGAGCUCUGCUACUGCGAUAUGCAAUUGGACGCUGGCUUUCCUGGUGACGAAAUGCUUCCAGGACAUGGUGGAUCUCAUGGGAAUCUCCUCGUCAUUUGCUACAUUCGGCUUGAUAAGUUUAAUCGGCACUGUGUUCGUGUCGUUUAUGGUGCCGGAGACGAAAGGCAAGAGCGUCGAGGAGAUUCAGAUCGAAUUGUACGGACGUGAAAUAGGGUCCCGGGAGAACCAGUGAACGAGACGGGACCAGAAUUAUCGAGUCAAAGUGUUUCACCAUUAAAGUACGAAUAUACACAUACACGUGUCGCUAUUUUAUAGCACGAGAACUUCAUUACUAGUAACCAAAAUUAAUUAAGAUUUAGUACCGACAAGUGAAAUUUUCAUAAUUAAAUAGAAUCUAAAUAAAAUA